UCUCCGGGGAGGGGGUGCGUGCGGCGCUCGGGAGAUGCUCUGCGGGCAGGGCCGCCUCUCCCGCAUGCCCAGCGCCUCUCCUGCCGGCGGACCUGGACCCGGUUUGCUUUUCUUCUCUCCAUGCCAUUCCAGCCCAGCAAAUCCAUCCUCAGGGAGAAAUCCUUCCUGUAUGGAUCAGCCUUCUAGUGAUGGUGAAACUGGGAGAAGACCACUCUAAGCAAACACAGGAUGAUUCGGGUCCCAGCUGAUGCAGAAAAUGCUCACAGUAGCAGUGUGGAAUCUUGUCCUUCCUUGCGGGAUGUCCACUCCAUCAACCCCACACAGCUAAUGUCAAGGAUUGAGUCAUAUGAAGGCAGGGAGAAGAAAGGCAUAUCAGAUGUCAGAAGGACUUUCUGUUUGUUUGUUACAUUUGAUCUCUUAUUCAUAACCUUAUUGUGGAUAAUAGAAUUGAAUGUAAAAGGAGGCAUUGAGACUACCUUAGAGAAAGAAGUCCUACAUUAUGACUACUCUUCUUCAUACUUUGAUAUAUUUCUACUGGCAGUCUUUCGGUUUAAGGUGUUAAUACUUGCAUAUGCAAUGUGCAGACUGCGCCAUUGGUGGGCAAUAGCUUUUACAACAGCAGUGACCAGUGCCUUUUUAUUAGCAAAAGUAAUUAUUUCACAGCUGUUCUCACAGGGUGCUUUUGGCUAUGUGCUCCCCAUUAUAUCAUUCAUACUUGCCUGGAUUGAAACUUGGUUCCUGGACUUCAAAGUGUUACCACAAGAAGCUGAAGAAGAAAAUAGAUUUUUGAUAGCACAGGAUGCUUCAGAACGAGCAGCUCUUCUUCACCCAGGAGUCCUCUCUGACGGGCAGUUCUAUUCUCCUCCUGAGUCUGUAGCAGGUUCUGAUGAAGAUUCUGAAGAAAAACAAGACAGUGAAAAACCAAUUGUAUAGCAAAUAAGAAAAAGCAGGAACUCAAGGGUUCUGUCAUGGCUAUUUCAAGAAAAAGUCCAGCCAAAGGCCACUCCAUCAUCUCCUCCCAGCUAGGAUUCUUCUCAACUUCUCUCAAUCUCAUCAACUCCAGGAGGAAUCAGCAUUUGCAAGGUUUCCAUCAUCCCAAGAAGGGUUAAAAGUCCCAGGCUCUGCCGGUUUGGUUCAUGAACUCCCACGGCUGGCUGCCCUGCUGGGCACCCCCCCCUUCUCCUUCACGCCAGCUGCGCAUUCACAGGCACAGGCUGCUCUCUCUCUCUUCCUCGGGGGGGGGGGGAAUGGGGGAUGGCUGCCCAAAGCCCUCGCAGUGCUUCUCUACGCUUCGGCCCAGGCCUGGCCUACCUCCCUCCGGCCGCAUGGCUCCCCUCCCCCCGCCCAGCUCGGAGCCGGGCAGGGGAAGGUCUGCUCUUUUCCAGGACCGGAACCCAAAAGGAACUUCCCCUGGGAGUUCACAGAUUUUAACCCCCAGUGUUCUCAGAGGUGUAUCCAUGCCCUCAGUGGAUAAACCAAGUGCCAAUAUUAAAAUUUGAACACCGAUUGGCGUGACCACACCAUCCCAAAAAACUUCAUUUCCUCUCAAACCACGACAGUGUAGAACCUGAAUAUUCCUAAAGAUAUGCUUUUUCUUCUUAGUUCCUUUCCAAACAAAUUAAAUGGUUUGUUAACUCUUAAGAGUUCAUAAUUUUUCAACUCAGUCUGUCUCUCAUAGCAGCCUUCAAGAAGGAAAAUCCUGCAAAGCUCUUGAGACCCUAGAGUCAGGCUCCUUUGCAUUUUUUUUUUUCUCUCCUUGAAAGGACAGUAGUAGACCAGAUAUGUAAAAACUCCUAUUUUGGCAGCAAAGAGAUACCCUUCUUUGGUGAUGAAAGCAGAAGAAUGCUUGGAGAUUUUCUUUGGUUUAAAUCUAGGACAAGUAUGCCUGAAGAUUUCAUGGGCAAAUCUGAUUUGCUAUUUCCCCUCCUGUUUAAUACUACAAAUGGGUUACACUGGAGCAGCUUUAUCUUGAAAUUUUUGUAGUGUACUUUGUUUAAAUAUGAGAUUACUUUCUUAUUUUGGAAAUUACUUAAUUUACUUCUGGAAUUAUCGUGCCUCAUGUUUUCACUUCACCACUCACAGCAAAGCUUAAGCUGGGGGAGGUAUUAAAUGUUCUUGAGAAGUUGAAACUUCUGAUUUGAAGCCUUCUAGUGCUCACCUGGAAGAGUGGAUGACCUUUUCUUUUCAGCCUACCUGUUUACAGUAUCUGUUUUCUUUACUCCCAUCUUCAUGCAGCCUGACUUGUGUGAUCUGUUGCAGAAAGAAAAUCUCUACAGGAAGUUGUUGGGGUUUGGAAACUGGUAACAGAGUCUGUGGCUGAUUUGCUGGCAGAGCUGCUGACAGGAGAGUUUACUCGUUAAAAAGUAAAGGGAACGGUUCCCAUGUACUGUAAUACCUCAUGAAGAUGUACCAUGUUGACAUAUGUAUAUUAGGUUGCCUCCCAGGUGGUAUGAAAGUAUUUGUCCACAAUGUAUUUUAUUAUUCAGUGAUUCCUGAAGUUGAUCUUCUAAUGACUAGGUAAUUACUGGACAGUGUUGUCUUGUGUACCUGAUCAAGAGACUGGUAAUAUAAUGAAGUAAAACUUCUCUGUGGUGGAAGUAUAUUUAAUAAUUGUUGGGUCUCACUAGAUAAAAUUAUUUUAUGUUAUUGCUGUUUGUCAUUAGUUUAUGUUUACUUUUUCUUAACUCCAUGCAUUUUCUUUUUUUUUUAAUGGACAUGUUCACUUUCUAAAAUAAAAAUGUUAAAACAUGA